GGCUCUAUCAAGGGAAAUAUUGGACACUGCAAAACAUCAGCUGGAGUGGCUGGUGUACUCAAGAUACUGGCGAUGAUCAGGCAUGGUCAGCUUCCGCCGCAGGCUAACCGUAAGAAGCUCAGUCCCAAAAUCGCACCACUCGAGUCGGACAGACUAGUUGUCACCCCUAGCUUGCCUUUAUGUAAAUCAUCCUUUCGCGCAGCUCUGGUAAACAGCUACAACGCGGCUGGGUCAAACUGCGGCUUACUGUGUUGUGAAAUGCCUUCGCAGCAU